AUGAUGUGAGUUCGGGAUAAUUUUCUAAUGGAAUAUCGAUUUUUCAAUAGAUUUUGAGCCGGUGAUUACGACCCCGUCGUUAAAAACUGCAAAGUUUAACUCAUAACACAAUAUUUAAAAGUAUUCGAACCUUUUAACACUAUAUCUCAUGUUCGGAGAUGAGCUCUUUGGAUUUUGCCAACGCGAUCGUACUCAGCGGCUCAAAAUCUACUAGAAAAUGUUUAUUACAUUCGAAAAAAUCGAGUAUUUCCUUUAUGAAACUAAUUUCAGACCUGCUGAUUUAUCCGGUCAACGUAAACAACAUUUGGGUGCAAAUCUUUCAACUCGAACCGCCGAAUCAACAUCAUCUGAUGAUGUUCAUUCUCUCUGCUCGCAAUUAUCUAAUCUUCCAAAAUCCCGAAAUUUAUCAGCGAAAACUGUGAAUAGUUUGUCAAGUGAAACACAAGCAUUUCUGCCAAAACAAAUCGAUCAUCCAUAUUUUAGAAGAUGUUAUACAGAAAUUGCACUUUUGCCAACAAAACAAGCAACUUUGAAAGAAUGUUCUUUUGAGAAAACACAAAUUGUGCAAGAAUUUGAGAUUUUGGGCGAUAAUUUUACGUUCAAAAAACACGCGGAAAGAGGAACUAAUAAUCCAUGGAGAAGGUGAGGAUGGUGUAGUAUUUAGAAAUAAUAUAUUUCAUAAACAUCUCGUGUGAAAGUUCAAACAGUUUCCCCCGUAAUAGAAAAUUCACAGAGUUCGUUAUUUUCAUGAUUUUUAAAACAAAAAAUGACUGUGAAAUUUCAACGUCAAAGGUCACGUCAUAUGUUUGUUUUGCAAAAUUCACCUUUUCCAUUUCUAAAAUUCAAAAUCCUAUUCAAUUUUCAGAUACGGCGCCUUGGCAAAACUCCACGAAAUUGGUGGAUUUGCACCAAGCUCGAAUAACAAAAAAGAGCGGAAGAAUCGCGAUCAACUACUAACUAUCAAGGUAUUUAACCCUAUAUAAUUUUCUGAAAAUCUGAUGAAAUCCUCAAUUUUCAGAAAAACACCAAGCCACCAAAUCCGCCAACAAACAAUCAAAUGACAUUGAAUCGUGUCAAAAAAGAUGGGAAAAAUUUGUGAGUUCUGUAGGAUUUUUUAGAGCAAAAUUCAAAAAAGCCUAUGGUUUUCAGAGAGGCUCGUUUGCAUUUGACGGUUCCGAAAAAUAUGAUCAGUGAGCAGGCGGCACAAAAAAUGGCGGAGCAGAUUGCGGUAUUUUUUUCAAGUUUCCAAUUUUUUAAAAAUCAAAGAACAUUUUUUAAAGGCACAUGUACUAUUGAAUGGACAAUGCUUGGUGAAAGAGGAAUAA